AUGGCUAGUUGGAAAGCCUUUCAAGCCAAUCUCUUGAUUCACAUGAAUGUGAAACCGUUGCAACCGAUCCUGCAUACCAAUCAUCCGCCGCUUAAAGUAAUGGCCAAGGUUUCUAUGGAUUCAGUCCUGUGGAAAAAUAGUGUUGUGGGCAAUUCAGUGUGUAGUGUCACCCCUGGGACACUAGCGAGUCCGUCCCUAAAAAUUAGGUCCAUGAAGCCAGAGUGCUGUCGCACUAAACGACUACCCUUCCUUAGAUACUCCAAGCCACAAUCUGUAUUGUCCUUGAACCUAGACCAUGGAAGGUUGGUUAUAGUCCCAUUCUAUUAG